AUGCGCCGCGCUGCGCUGCACGUGCUGGCAAGCAUCACCCGAGUGCAAGAUUCAAGUUUAAUUGAUCAACUGCUUGACACGGGACAUCCUACUCUUCCCGUCCCGUCACCAUCAUCGCCAAUAGGAUGCCCUUCCAACCCGUCUGUUUCCACUUGCGCGUGCCACUGCAUCGGAGUACAUACUACUACGGUAGGUACCGGCCCGACGGAAGAGCAUCCCCACUUUUGUAAAGAAAAUCAUUUUCUCAUGGCAGAUCGCUCUAUUAAGACGUAUUUUCUUUCUGCGACAGAUAGACAGGCAGACAGACAGAUAGACAGCAUAUCGAAUCAACCUACCUACUUACCUACUUACUUACAUACGUAG